AUGCAGAGGAUGAAAGAGUCAGAAACAAUCAAGGAGUAUGCUAACAGGCUCCUCAGCAUUGUUAAUCGGGUAAGAUUGUUGAAUUCUGAUAUGCCUGACAGUAGGAUUGUACAAAAAAUCCUUGUUACAGUGCCUGAAAAAUUUGAGGCAAUAAUUACCUCAUUGGAAAACUCUAAAGAUCUGUCAAGUAUUACUUUGGCAGAAUUAUUAAAUGCAUUACAGGCACAAGAACAAAGAAGACUCAUGAGACAAGAAGGCGAAAUUGAAGGUGCCCUUCAAGCUAAGCUCCAAAACAAAGGAAAAAUAAAGAAAGGAAAAAAGAAGAUUGUUGAUGCAAAUGAGGCUGCUGUUAAUGACAAUAACAGUAGCAGUGGCAACAAGAAGAAAAAUUACCCUCCUUGUCAUCACUGUGGCAAGAAAGGGCAUCCUCCUUUCAAAUGUUAG